AGUAGAAGUUUCUGUCACGCAUUUAUAACAAUAGGUUCAGUGUUAAGAGUUGUUGUCGGCUGUUCGUGAUUAUUCAUUGUCAAAAAUUAAUAUUUUAUUAAAUAAUACUACUGUUUCUUUACAUUAAUAUUAUUUUGUAUAUACAAUUAAACUAUGCAUUUGGAUCAUUUUACAACAAAUUAUUCGAGGGCAAUCAAUGUAUGUAUUUUUGUGCCGAUCGUAAUAUAACUGAUUGGGAUCAAUUAACUGUAGAGAAGAGGCCAAGAGUUCGAAUAAUAGCAAAUGACUAAUAAAAAUUCAAGAAAAAACGUCAACAUCAUCAAAACAUUAACUUCUAUUUUUCUGAAAUAAAUAUGGCAUCGAGAACUACCGAUGCAACAACAGUAAUUGAGGUAGUAGGUUCUGUAAUGGAUAGUAUUGAGCACCAAUCAUUGGCCAAUAAACCAAAAAGAAAUGUGAGUGUACCCCAAAUGAACUUACCAUUAAGAAAACAGGAAUUAAUGAGCCGACCAUCUAAUAAGGAGUUGUUGAUAUUAAAACAGCAUGAAAACUUCACCAGUACUAGAAAGCCUACUGAAAGAUUGUACAGAACACCAAGUGACAGACGUACAGCUGGUAAUACCAGAGGCAGUUUAAAGAUUAAGCUAAGAAAUUCGUUUAGGUCUAGACGUGUUAGACAGCAACAAUGGGCAAUUAAUGCAUUAGCAAAAAGUAGCCAAAAACUUGGACUUCACAACGUUUAUGAUAGCAGCAGCAGUCCUACUAGACAACUACCUUUGAAGGAAAAUUUAGAACAAUGCUCAAGAAUGCAUCAUAAUUUGCAACCGGGGCUAUUGUUCCACUCAUCAUCGGGAAGCGAAAAUAGUUUAGUACGUGACAGAUCCCCAACUAUAGUAAACAAUAUCCGAAAAGGAUCUCCGACGCCAUGGACAAGCUCAUGUACUCCGAUUGAAGGAUCACAGUUUUCUUUAAUACCUAAUACAUGUUGUUGUCACCACCUAAUUAAUAAUUACAAUAGUAAAAUUAUGACUGAGAACAAUAAUAUGUGGCAACACUCAUUUAAAAACAAUAUGGGUAAACGUUAUUCUGGUACAACUAAUUUUAAUGGGGAACCUUAUGAAGACACUGAUGGAUUGACUUGGAGAAGAUUGCAUAUGAGUAGAGCAAAACUGAAAGCUACCGCGACUACUUCUGAACUUUUAUCUGGUUUUGCUAUGGUGGCCAUGGUUGAGUUACAAAUCAACGAGCCAACUAUGGUACCUGAAUGGUUAUUCAUCAUGUUUGCUGUUUGUACUACAGUGUUGGUAGCAGUUCACAUAUUCGCGUUAAUGAUAAGUACAUAUUUACUACCAAACGUGGAUGCCAUUAGCAAACUACAGAGUACUAAACUUAUACAAGAAUCGCCUCAUGAACGCAUGCGAGGCUUCAUUGAACUGGCUUGGACAUUUUCUACUGUCCUCGGAUUAUUCUUGUUUUUAGUCGAAGUGGCAAUUCUGUGUUGGGUGAAAUUUUGGGAUCAUUCAGUUCGAGCUGCUAUGGCUGCCACCAUUAUUGUCAUACCAGUAUUAUUCAUAUUUGUAUUCUUUGUAUUUCACUUUUAUAAAAAUUUGGUGGUUCAUAAAUGCAAAUCCACAGUAUCCGAUAUUAAAGAGUUGGAGGCUAUUAAAAAAAAAUUAGAUGCUUCCGCUUCGAACGUUUAAUUUCUAUUUUAUAACAGCUAACAACCUUUAAUAAGAAAAUUUUAAUAUGUAGAAAAAUUAUAUUUUAAAUUAAUAUCUACUCAGAGGCGUAUUUAAGGGAGGGUCAAUAAGGACGAUUGUCUCCUUUAUGAGUAGAUACUAUCAAUAUUUUUUAAGUCAAUAUGUAUGAAGUAUAGCUCGAAAGAACUUUUUUUGUCAUCAUUUUGCUUUUUAACAAAAAAAAUUUUUCUAAUAUGAUUACCAAAUUAAAAAAAAAAUUAAGUAACCGCCCUUAAAAUAAGCUUUAAAUACGCCUCUAUAUUUACUUAUGCUCUUCGCAUAACUCAAUCCAUAAACACAACUUGUAGUUUUAGAAGCUACGGUACUGAUCAAUCAUACUUUAUCUAAUUAAUGAUGGUUUUUUUUUCAUUUUUAUAAUAAAAAUGUUAUACAGGGUGUUCAGUAAGUCAGGAAACCCGUUUCCUGACUUACUGAACACUCUGUAUAUUUAUACUA